GUCGAUAAUAAUGGAGGGCAAUACGAGAGACUGCGAAAGUCUCCCGAAGAAAUCAAAGGGAUUAAACACAGGGAUGUGCGGGGAUUCUAUGAGCGACAAAAUAUGCUGCUGCAUACUUUCAUGACAGUCGAUACGCUGCUCGAUUCCGUCCCGAGGCGUGCACCGGAGACAAACGGGGAAACCACGUCUCUAUUACCUCAAUACCACCCUACCGAAAACACUAGGGACGCUAAGGAUGCUCGAUUUGUCAGGUGGACGAUUCACGUGAAUCUGAUCAUUAACAUCAUUUUAUUCCUUGGGAAGCUGUCUGUCGUUCUCAUAUCAAGCUCAAUUUCCCUACUCGCUUCUGCUACCGAUUCCGGCAUGGACUUGUUGUCGACGUUGAUCCUAUUCUGGGCCUCAUGGACCAUCUCAAGCAACGAUUGGCGAAGAAAGUGGAUGUUUCCCGUAGGUCUGAGACGAGCGGAACCGAUGGGUGUCGUUGUGUUCAGUGUGUUCAUGAUCUCGAGCUUCGUUCAGGUGUCCAUCGAAUCAUGCAAAAGACUAUUAUCGAACGAUGCCGAAGUUGUAGCAUUGCCGCUAGAAGGCGUUAUCAUCAUGGUCAUUACGAUCGUGGUGAAAUUUGGUGUAUGGCAAAGUAGUCAAGGAUCCAAGAGUUCAACGAUUAGGGCUCUCUCCCAAGAUGCUGAGAACGACGUCUUUUUCAAUACGGUUUCUUUAUUGUUCCCUUUCAUCGGUCACAAACUGGGCAUCUGGUGGUUGGACCCUCUCGGUGGCGUUGCCUUAUCGUUGUACAUUAUCGUUGAAUGGAUCGAGACCCUUCGGUCAAAUAUUCGAAAUCUGAUGGGAGUCAAGGCUAGUGCGGAUGAAUACCAGCGAGUGGCAUAUCUCAUCAUGCGAUUUUCGCCAUGCAUCGAUGCCGUGCAACACUUGGAUGUUUAUUCGAGUGGUGACCAGUUCAUGGUCGAAGCUGAUUUAGUUCUUCCGGCGGAUACGACGUUUCCGAUGGCACACUAUAUUGGAGAGAGUGUCCAAUAUGCUAUCGAAAGUUUGUCUGGAAUCGAGCGCGCUUAUUGCCAUAUAGAUUAUAAUUCGAACAACCCUUCCGGUCAUCUGGUCCGGUAG